CCUCCCUCAGUCCGCAGUCCCGCUCUGCCGCUGCGAGCCCGCUGUGUCUGGAUGUAAUAUUUAGAAGCUUAGGUAUAUGGUCUGGAUUAGACCCACAUUGAGCCUACAGGUCGCAAAGGUUGAAAAGCUUUGUUUCUCACUUUUUUCACCCCUGCUUGGAUACUACUGACCUAGGCAUUGGAUAUGUGCACACGGGAUGAUGACAACCCCUUUCCUCCACGUAGAAGUAAGAUAAAGUAGGCUUUCGCAUAAACUGGAUUUACUCCUGUCGUUCCAUAUGAAGAAGUCAAAAAUUUGGAUACGCGUCUGUGUCUAUUUACUGCUGUGCAUCACGCUUGGAGUACAUUCAAGUGAAUUUGACGUCAACCCAGUGACAGAUGACAUCUCUAGACUCUCUGUUUUGAGACAAAAUAUUCCUAAAGACUACAAAAUUCCUGUGCGUUACAUUCCAAAAGAAGAGGGUGGAAUGUGUUGGGUAAAGUUAAGUGUUUUCUACUUGGAGGACAGUUUAAAAGAUUUAUCACAUAAGUUUGGGAACAUUUCAUCCAACAGAAAAGAUAUUAGCAUUUUCAUCCAAAUGCUCCAAGAAGUGCGGCUCUACAUGGAGCCAGUGGAGCCGGAUAUGUACGAUUUUUUGUGCCACUACAGAAAGGAGAGGUGGCCGACAGCACGAUACUUUGACUAUGUGGAAGAUUUCCUUAUAGCUGCGCAGGAUAGACAAGAUUCUGCUGACUGUGAUCCACCUCCCUGUCCCACCACACCAUACGCAAUAACAACAGCAACAGACUAUACAACAGAAAAACCCUCGUCCACCAAUAAAGUAGCAGACUGUGAUCCAGCAUCAACAGACUGCAAUUCACGGAAUGAGCCUCUGAGGUUCCUGCCUGAGGUGGUGGAGCGAAGCCUUCUCUCGUUACUGUUCAUUCCAGUUGCAGCCCUUGUAUUCCUGCUUGUGUGGAAGGUCAGAUCAAGAAGGAACCAGGAAGAGCUUCAAAAUCCUGGUGAAGGAGGACUCUUCACAGGGACAGAAGGGACUGCACCUCCACUAGAUGCUGAAAUAUCAGAAAAAAACAGGUUGAACGUCAUUGAAAUUGUGUAACUCCUCCACCCUUCAAUGUUCUUCAGCAUCAUCGGAUUCCACUCUUUUCUCCUGUCGGUGUCCAAAGGUGAUCAAAAAAACAUGAAGCUGAAUUCCAUAGCGAGAGCCCAGAGCGCUCUCCGGAUUGACAAUGGCUUUGCCAUACCCGAGAUUUUCCAGUUAAAUCAUGCCUGCUACUGUAUGGAUAAGCUUGCCUUUCUUGUAAGACUACAUUAACCCCAUGAUGUCGAAAAGACCAUGAAAUUUAGCAAAAAGGAUUGUGAUGUGUAAACCCCUCUAAACCCCGCCUCCUGGAUUCUAUGGCUUUUGCAAAUCGUCCAUCUGAACCUGCUGUAUGAUGAACCCUUUGGGAAAACUGUGCUUCCAGAGCACAUCCCAAAAGCACUUUGCUACAACCUGCCUGAACUUUGGGCCCACCAGUUCACCUUCAACAGCAAAGCAGACAGACUGUGACAUUGGUUAUCUCUUGUAUGAACUGAGGCAUGAAUUACUACCUCUGAUGACCCUUAAUGCUAACCAUACUCUACAGCUCUGCAAUCUCUCCUUAUUCUGGGUUUCCCAAAGAACAUAAUGGUAAAACAUUGUAGAACAUUGUAGUUCCGAGAUGUACCCACGUUGUCUGGUUCAGCCGUGUACCCAUGGGGCUGUGUGACGUAUUUAUUUAUUUGAUACAGCUGACAGCGUUUCAAGUGAUCACUCCACUGUGUUCUCACUCGGCACCGGUGUGUCCACAGGGCCACAUUUAAAGGACAAUGUAUGCAUCUAUUAUUUGUUUCACAUUCUGUAUAGCAACACAUGUACAGUAAGCACUUGGGAUAUCUUAACGCCCAAAAACCACAUUCUUGUACAAGUGACAUUUCCUUGUAUGAUGGUGUAAUUAUUGGUGUGUGACUUGGUUAAUGUGGUUGUGUGACUGGAUUACAUGGAGACAACACAUACAAACUAUGCUGCUUUGACUAACUUACAUUUAGACCAUUAAUCUACCAAUAAAUAUCAGGGAUGAAUUAUAUGUGUCCAGGAAGUUUUUUAAUAAAUGAACAAAUAAAUAACAAUGGAAGAAAAUAAAUGAAUAAAUAAAAAGGCCAUAUUUUGGAUUCAGAAACAUCAGAGCACAGAAUGCUGAUGGGUCUCCCAUAACAUUUGUUAGCAACAGAAAGCCUUUAAUUUCCAGUCAUGACAUUUUUUUUACAAUUUCAAGGCAGAAGCUGUUAAAACAUUCUUGAUGGUCAAUCAUCGAUAUAAAGAAAACACAAGUUGUCCUAGGAAAGAUGUCCUAGGAAAGAGCUGAAAGAACAAAGAAGAAUGAAUCUCCAAAUGUGAUAGGAAUCUUACGCCAAAAUGUCAGUUCUCAAGUAAUCCACUAUGUGUUUAUUCAAUAAACGCCAACUAAAUUUGAUAGCAAAUAGGCUAAAACCUAUCGGCUUAGUUAUUCUGUACAUUAUUAGUUUCAGUACCUAUUUCUUUUCCUGGCUUGGUUUUUGUCUGGUAUCAGUGUUUUGCGUGUGCUGUCCAAUCUCCACAGAUCUGACAAAGCCAGCUCCUCUGCUUAUCAAGACAACAUUUCAGGUAGUGUUUGGCAUGCUGUGCUACACUAUCCAGAUGUUAUAGGGCAAUACCUAACCAUAUAUGGCAAUUACAUUCCACAAGAUAAUCCUUACAAAUCUCCACAUCCCACGGAGCUCGCCACAUGAAAAUGCCAUUCAAACCUAAUUGUCAGUUUUGCCUUAAAGUUGCUUAAUUGCAUCAUACCACCAUCUAAUGUACACUGUCAUUUCCUUCACAUAAUUAACCACAGCACAAUGGUCUAACUUUCCAAAAAAUGAUUCAUAAAGUUGCUUGAAUAUCCUGGAUCCCACCAGGAAGAGCACAUAGUACACGCCAUUGAGGUUAAAGAUAAAUUCCAGCCCAGGCCAUGUGCUGCAAAUCACCCCCCCAUCUCCAUCCUGUCAUUCCUGUCUUCCUCCACCUGCCUAAUUAAGCAGAGAUGCCCCCAAAAAAUCAUAAACAACCAAAGAUGUUUAAUUAUACAAGAUUCCAAAUCCAGGUAGUUGACAGUAGCCUAAGGUAGGCUCCUCACAACGCAUUGCACAGUUGAAAAAGUCCUCAUGCCCAGUCAGAUACUAUAGGCAAUGAUCUCUCCCCUGCCUCCUUUCCUUCAUGCAAUAUCAAAUCUGACAGGUUUAUAGAGCUGGUUAUAGUCACAGUGAUAACAGAUCCUGUCAGAUCAAUGGAAGGGACGGCUUUUUUAAAUACAUCUGGACAGGGAGUGGCUCCUGCAAAGCCUCGCCUGAGACUAAAGUGGUCAAAUAGAUACUGUAGUUAAAUACAUUGUAACUAUUAAGCCGACUCUCUUAUCCGUAUCAGCUUACAAUCAGUGAGCAGGUAAGAAAGAGGUCACCGUGUCGCUCAGUUUUGACAGGGCACACUGGCUGUGAUUGUUCCAUCGCAACACGGUGCGUUUGCCCUGAUACAAAUACUGUAUUCAUAAUCGUCGGAGAAAAAUAGGGGGAAUCGGCAGGACGCAAACAUCGAGUCCUGUAUCUAGUUCAAGUAUUUCUAUCAUGUUUGUGGUCUUACAUUUGAACCAUGUCCAUUCUUGGUUUUGUGCCUUGUUUGAAUGGUGUGAUUGACUCCAUGUGUAACUGUCAAAGCCUCUCAAUCUCUCUGCGGUAGAAGAAAGUGGAGAUCAUUACUGGGAAGAUUAGAACAAAUUCCUCACAGUAACCCAACAUGAUUGUUCAUGUCAUGUGAUGGAUGAAACUUUUUGUUGUUGUUGUUGUUGUUGAUGUUGUUGUUGUUAUUUUCUUUCUUUCUUUCUUUCUUUUUUUUUGUUGGUUAUGAAAAUGAACUCAAAACCAUGGCAACUUAGUUAGACUCGACUUUUCCAUUACCAUCCCUCAUCAUAACUGUCAACAUUGUGCCCAGUUCCCUAUUGGCAUGAGAAUUUUCUAGUGAAGCAAUAUUACAGUUUGUCAAAAGACUUGAGGCAGAAUUAAUUGCAGUGGCUCUGGCAUUUCUGUCUGCAUGCUAUGUUUUAGCCUUUGUAACUUUUAGGAAAAAGUUCAACUGGUAAACCUGCUUGUUGUAUUUGGGAUUAUGCUGUUGGGAAUUUUCUAGAAGAGAGUAUAUUUAUUGUGCAAAAAAUUUGAGUCUGUGUUUGAAAAAAAAAAAGUAUACCACAUUGGUGUUCAUAUAGUUCAGAACAACAGUGCUUUUCAGCAUAAAUAGCUGAAAUUCUUGGUGUGGUAUUGUUUGUUGUGUUGAAACUGCAAGAGAAUUUUAUUAAUUCAAAAAUGCAUUUUUGAGCAACAUUGAAACUACUAUCUAUGACAGUUUAGACCUGAGACUUUCUUUUCAAUCAGCUAUAGGUUUUGCUUCUCUACAUGAAGACUAUAUGCAGUGCCCAGUAUUCGGACAGAGAGAAAACAGGCUAGCCUAGCCACAAAAAUCAAAAGUUUUGUUUUGUUUUGUUUUUUUGUUGUUUUGUUUUUAUACAUAGUCUGUAAAUAACAGGUCUAAGCUGUGAAAGAAAACAUGGUCUCCCAUUUUCCUGUCUAUUUGCGAGCCACAAACACAGUGUAUGCUGAUGCAUGGAAGCCAGCAAUCAAGCGCAUCAUGCAUUAGUAAAGAAAAUCACUGCCCUGAAGUACAGCACUGUUCCCAUGGGGGUUAUUGUGUGGUUGGAGAGCAAGGUGAAGUGCAUCUGGAACAGUUUGCUUUUGGGCGUAAGCAAUCUAAUCCAUCCCACUUCAAUGGGAGAAUCAAAUGGCUCCUGGCAGGAAAUAAGUCUGGGUGCCAAAAAGAAACUGUAAUUAUUGCCCGGUUGAUAAUCUGGGUAAAACUCUACUGUAUUCUGUAUUUUUGUAUAAAUGUAAACAAACAUAUAUGAGAUAUGAAUAAAGUACACGUAUCCAACUA